ACGUAAACGGAUUUUAAUUAAGGAUCGUGUGUUUAAUGUUUUUACGAGAAUUAUAUCUUAAUCGGAAACGUGUUAUUUUUUCGUAAACAUGGUUCGUAUUGUGAAAGCAAAGAAUAAAAAUUGAUAUUUUUUUAUAUCACAGUAAUGAUAAAAAACACGAAAACCGAUAAUUAACGAAAUUCCUUACUAUGAUAAUGUCCCGAGGUUGUAGCAGAGGAUUGCAAUUAAGUGAUUGUUUCUUUGUACCUACAUGAUGAGGGAUAAGAGCAUUGGACAUGGAUAUACUUAAUAUAGAAGAUGUGGAAACUGGUGUUCGUUCAUCAAAAAAUUCUACAUCAAUACAAUGCAACUGCAUAAAUUCUAAUUCGAUAUGUUACAUUGUUGUCACAAUUGCUACUCUGGCUCUGUUGGGGACAAUAGUUUUUGUCUGCAGAGACUACAUUAAAGUAUUACUCUAUUGGAUCGAACAUCAGAAUAUAUGGAUCGUUGCAAUAAUAUUUAUUGCCUUAUUCACAGUGGUUUCGUUUCCAAUUGUAAUUGGUUAUUUAUUCCUUAUAAUCGCUAGUGGUUACCUCUUUGGUAUAUUAAGAGGUAUCAUGAUGGUGGUAUUAUCAGCCAAUCUAGGAAUAGCUAUAGCACACAUUACACUUAGUGCAUUGUCGUCAAAGUUACCACUUGGGGCGCUGUUGCAAAAUGAUAAUGCAAGAGCAAUACUCAGAGUUAUUUCUGGACCACAGGCUUUCAAAGUUGUGUUAUUUGCAAGAUUAACUCCUAUUCCUUUUGGUCUCCAAAACACUAUUUUUGCAGUGAGCAACAUGGGCGGUGUUCAAUACCAUUUAGCUAGCGCAUUAGGUUUACUACCUGCCCAAAUCAUUAAUAUUUAUUUGGGUAGUAGUCUACGGUCUAUGCAAGAUGUUCUUGAAGAUAGAUCAACAGCAGCAACUGGUUACAUCGUCUUUUGUUUUCAAAUUCUAAUAGGCAUUUCGUUAAUGGUAUAUGUUGUCCAGAAGGCACGAAGAGAACUUCAGUUAGCAUUAUUAGAAGCUGAUUUAGCUUCUAUGGCUGACUCCUCCCAUUAUCUUCUUGAUACCUUACCAGAUUCUAAAAUAGUUUUAACAAAUCUAAUUGCUUAAGACUCGCAUAAAAGUUUUACUUCUUCAAUGGGUACCUGCAUGUUUCAUACCUAACAGCAUCAUUCACACUGUUUGUGAUUGACUACAGAAACAAGGUUUAGUAUACAUUUAAUACCAAACAAUCAUACGAAUAUAAUAUAGUUAACCUAUUGGAAUAUUCUUCUAUUUGACAUACCUAUGAAAAUUGAGAAAAUUGGAUCAAUAUAUACAAAUUAAUUGUUUAGUACUUUUACUGUAUGGCAACAAUAUGAACAGGUUUUGUUUGACUACUAUUUCAAACAAUUUUAUUAGA